AUGCCUUACAACACAAGGCGCAAGUCGCUGUCGCUGCCCAGCCUGGGCAUUCACAUUCCCAUGACACACGCCGCUCGCGCCGCUGCCUCUGCUUCUGCUUCCAAAUCCCGACUCUCGACCUCUCCUGCCGAGUCCGUCGAGUCCCAUCCCACCAAGCGUCUCAAGCGCUCUCACAACACUGCUGUGCCCGCCGAAGCCAUUGAGCAAACACCCCCUCCCUCCCCUACCGUCGCCAACAGCAUCGAGAUGACCGAUGCCGACUCCGCCUCCAAGAUUGACCUGUCUACCGUCAACGACGACAUUGUCGAGGGAGUCAUUGUCCAACUACAGACCACUGGCAACCGCCCCCAUCUCGUCAAGGACCUUGCCAUCAUCCUCGGCCAGACUCUCACCUCGGUGCAACAAUCCGCGAAUCCCUGUGCCAUCAUCUCCUCUCGCCUCGCCUCAUACCUCAAGCGUCCUGUUUGGUCUACGUCGUCGCCUUGCCCCCUAGCCAAAGAACUCGAGACUGUCCAUCCUCGCCGCACCUACUUCUUCCUCACAACCCAGCCUCGCCAGGAGAUCCCCGACCCCAGCAUUGCGCAGCCCACUCUCCCCGUCGCCAUUAUCACACCCUCCGUCUCCCUCACUGACGACUCUGGCUCUGACGCCGAGGGUCGCCGUCGCGAGCUCAGCCCUUCCCCAGAGGUGGACCUCUCUCCUCACGAUCUCGAGGAUUCAUUGAACGAUAUGUUCCUCCCUAAUACUCCAGCUGGCUCUUUUUCCUCGCGCCGCGUAAGAAUCGCCCGCGAUUUUCGCCACGACUCGCCGCCGCUGGAGAAGGACGAACGCGAGUUCACCCAAACUGCCGACGUCGUCCUCAAGCGCAAGCUCUCUGAGGCCACUCCCGUCGUCGUUGAUCCCGCUGACCGCUCCAUCCUGGCCGAGUAUGGAUUCCGCGACGAUAUGUGGUUUGGCGAGAACCGCGCCUCUUCGACUACUGCUUUCCUGGCCAGUCCCGCUAUUAAGCCUAGCGUUGGGCCGCUGAUUCGCAAAGACGAAGACGCCGAUAACUGGCUCCGACUUUUCGGUGGCGAGCAAGGCGCCGAGAGCAUAGAGAUUGAUGAGCUUGAAGGCCUCCUUGAUGCCUACUAA